AUGAAGUUCGCUACUUCCCUUGCCGCGGUUGCGGCCUUGGUGCAAAGCACCUCUGCUCAUUAUAUCUUCCAGCAGCUUAGUGUUGGGUCGACCAAGUAUCCCGUCUUUCAGUACAUUCGACAGAACUCAAACUACAACUCUCCUGUCACUGACCUCGAUUCUAACGACCUUCGAUGCAAUGUCGGUACCUCGGGAACCAAUACCCAGACUGUCGGAGUGAAGGCUGGCGACUCGAUUACCUUCACUCUUGACACCGCUGUCUACCACCAAGGACCGAUUUCGGUGUACAUGUCCAAGGCACCUAGCUCUGCUUCAUCUUACGAUGGAAGCGGUGGCUGGUUCAAGAUCAAGGACUGGGUCAGCUACACUUUCAACCUUCCCACUUGCAUUGCCAAUGGCGAAUAUCUUCUUCGCAUCCAGAGUCUAGGUAUUCAUAACCCUUGGCCAGCAGGUAUCCCUCAGUUCUACAUCAGCUGCGCCCAGAUUAGUGUUACUGGUGGAGGUAGCACUGUUCCCAGCAACCAGGUCAAGAUUCCUGGUGCUUUCAAAGAAACCGAUCCUGGAUACACCGCCAACAUCUACUCCAACUUCAACAGCUAUACUAUUCCUGGACCUGCAGUGUUCUCUUGCAACGGUGCCCCUGGCGGUGAUAAUGGCGGCGGCAGCCCCACUACGACUCUACAGACCUCUACCCGAGCGUCAUCUACACAGGUUCCUCCCGUGUCGACUCAGCCAUCUGGCCAGUGCGCUCUUCUCUGGGCCCAGUGCGGUGGAAACACUUGGACCGGUCCAAAGUGCUGCGCCACUGGAACCUGCAAGGCGAUCAACGACUUCUACUCUCAAUGCACCACUUAA